AUGAAGAACUGUGUUUCUUUGUUCCCUCUUCUUUUCUUGUCAUUCUCUUUCCUAUCACGGAUUCAAUGUGCCGAUAACACUUUUGCCCCCUCCUUUUAUUCUGAAGAAAUCUAUAAGGAGCUUGAAAAUCUCGCUUCCCUUUUAAAUAAGGACAUUAAAACAAGUUUAGGCUUCUGCAUCAAGGAUGUGAACAAAGAUUGGGAGGAAGCAUUUGAUUUUAAGGGAAGGCUAGAUUUUGUGGAUUCUUGUGUUAAGAAAAAAGGAGAUUUCAGAGAUAAAAUAUGCUCUGCGGCUGAAAUAAGGUUCUACUUCCAUGGCUUCUUGGAUCCAGCGGCAUCACCUAGCAAUUACGUAAAACCUAACAAGAAUUGCAAUUUGACCUCAUGGUUUUCCGGUUGUGAACCUGGUUGGAGUUGUAGUGCGGACAAGAGUAUUGACUUGAAAAAGGACAUAAAGGACAUUCCUUUUAGAACUAGUAAUUGCCAACCAUGUUGUGAAGGGUUUUUCUGCCCUCAAGGAUUGACUUGCAUGAUACCUUGCCCACUAGGUUCUUAUUGUCCACUUGCAAAACUGAACAAUGCGACUGGAGUAUGUGACCCAUAUAGUUACCAAAUACCUCAGGGAGAUACAAAUCAUACUUGUGGCAGUGCUGAUGUUUGGACUGGUGUGGUAAACAAUAGUGAUAUCUUUUGUUCUCCAGGAUCAUAUUGCCCAACUACAACACGCAAGGUUUCUUGUGAUAGUGGAUAUUAUUGCAGGAUGGGUUCUACUCACGAAAAUCCAUGCUCCAAGUUGAGUACAUGUAAUCCAAAUACGACAACCCAAAAUAUGCACGCUUACGGCGCUUUACUCAUUGUUGCAUUGAGUACUCUCUUGAUCUUUAUCUAUAACUGCUCCGAUCAAGUUCUAGCAACAAGAGAAAGAAGGAAGGCUAAAUCUAGAGAAGCUGCUGCUAGACAAGUAAGAGAAACUGUACAAGCUCGAGAAAGGUGGAAAAUAGCAAAAGAUGUUGCUAAGAGAGGUAAGGUGGGAUUGCAAGAGCAAUUUUCUCGCACCUUUUCUCGAAGAAAAUCAAUGAAGCAAACAGAUCAAUCAAAGGGGUUUGGCCAAGGAAAAUCUGCUACAGGUGACACAUUUGGUGAUUCUUCAAGCACAUCUGAGCAAUCAUCUACAACACAAAAAGAACCUACUAACCUGACUAAAAUGUUGAAUUCCCUUGAAAAUGACCCACAUAGCAAUGAAGGAUUCAAUCUACAAAUUGGAGAUAAAAAUAUAAAAAAGCAAAUGCCAAAAGGCAAACAAUUACAUACACAAAGCCAAAUUUUAAGAUAUGCUUAUGGUCAAAUUGCGAAGGAGAAAGCUCAGCAAGAAAAAAACAAGAACUUAACUUUCUCAGGAGUAAUUUCAAUGGCUACUGAAGGUGAGGUUCGAACAAGGCCUGUGAUUGAGGUAGCUUUCAAAGAUUUAACUCUCACUUUGAAAGGGAAAAGAAAACAUCUAAUGAGGUGUGUGAGUGGUAAACUCAUGCCAGGUCGAGUUUCAGCUGUGAUGGGUCCCUCAGGAGCUGGUAAAACUACAUUUCUUUCUGCUUUAGCUGGGAAAGCAAGAGGAUGCACCAUGACAGGGUCAAUUUUAAUCAAUGGAAAACCCGAAUCUAUUCAUUGUUAUCAAAAAAUUAUUGGUUUUGUGCCACAAGAUGAUAUUGUGCAUGGAAACUUGACUGUGGAGGAAAAUCUUCGUUUCAGUGCAAGAUGCAGACUAUCUGCGGAUAUGCCAAAACCAGAUAAGGUUCUGAUUGUUGAAAGAGUAAUUGAGUCCUUGGGACUCCAAGCAGUGAGGGAUUCCCUUGUUGGGACAGUAGAAAAGCGAGGUAUAUCUGGAGGACAACGAAAGCGUGUUAAUGUAGGGAUGGAGAUGGUUAUGGAACCUUCAUUAUUAAUCUUAGAUGAGCCUACAACUGGUCUAGACAGUGCAUCUUCCACUUUACUACUUAAAGCACUUCGUCGUGAAGCACUUGAAGGGGUAAAUAUUUGCAUGGUACUUCACCAACCAAGCUAUACUUUGUUCAGAAUGUUUGAUGAUAUAAUAUUUCUAGCCAAAGGUGGCCUUACUGCAUAUCAUGGUCCUGUUAAAAAAGUUGAAGAAUACUUUGCUAGCAUUGGAAUUAAUGUACCUGACCGUGUGAAUCCUCCAGACCAUUUCAUUGACAUUCUAGAAGGUUUAGUGAAACCAAGUGGAGGUGUGACCCAUCAACAACUUCCUAUUAGAUGGAUGCUUCAUAAUGGUUACCCAAUUCCACCUGAUAUGCUUCAUUUUGCUGAUCAAAUUGCUGCUUCAUCAUCUUCCUCAAAUGCAAAUGAUGCAACAAAGGCCACAGAGCAUGAUGCUGUUGAUCAAUCCUUUGCUGGUGAGUUUUGGGAGGAUAUGAAGAGUAAUGUUCAGAUUCGACGAGAUCAUAUAGAGGCAACCUUCUUAAGGACUAAGGACUUAUCUAAUCGAAGAACUCCAGGUGUAGCUCGACAAUAUAGAUACUACGUUGGACGGAUUUGUAAGCAACAACUGCGAGAAGCAAAAUCACAAGCAGUUGAUUAUCUCCUUUUAUUAGUUGCUGGGGCAAUAUUAGGAACGCUUACGAAAGUAAAUGAUGAAACAUUUGGAUCCCUUGGAUAUACAUACACUGUCAUUGCUGUCUCUCUACUUAGCAAGAUUGCAGCUCUUAGAUCGUUUUCUUUGGAUAAAUUACAAUACUGGAGGGAGAGUGCAUCUGGGAUCAGCAAUCUAGCUCAUUUUUUGGCCAAAGAUACAAUUGAUCUAUUCAAUACAAUCAUUAAACCUGUAGUAUAUCUGUCCAUGUUCUAUUUUUUUAGCAACCCAAGGUCAAGCUUUGCAAGCAAUUAUGCGGUUUUGCUCUGCCUUGUGUAUUGUGUAACUGGCAUGGCUUAUGCGAUAGCAAUUUAUUUUGAGCCUGCUCCAGCACAGUUGUGGUCAGUGCUUCUCCCUGUUGUCAUGACUCUAAUUGCCAACCAAACAAGAGAUACUCUUUUUAUGAAGAUCCUUGUCAAGUUGUGCUACCCAAAUUGGGCUUUGGAGGCCUUUAUCAUUGCAAAUGCUGAAAGGUAUACUGGAGUAUGGCUAAUAACACGUUGUAGUUCACUUAUGAAUAGUGGCUAUAACGUCAAUGAUUGGUCUAUUUGUUUAGUUGCUCUUAUUAUUUACGGUAUACUUGCUCGAGUUGUGGCCUUCGUUUGUCUGGUGAUGACUCAAAAGAAAUGA